AUGGCCUCCAUGACCCUCAAGGCCUCCAUGGCCGUGGCCCUCGCUCUGUCCCAGACGGCCCUCGCCGCCGUGUUCCCCGCCAACAUGUACGAGCGUUCCGAAAUCGAGGCCAUGCCUCUCGAGAAGCGCGGCGCCAUGAGCCAGUGGCAGCUCUGGGACAAGGGGGAGAUUCCCUACAUCCUGGAGGGCCUCCAGCACGACCUUUCUGACAACAUCCGCGAUGCCAUGCGAACUUGGGAGCAGAACACCUGCAUCCGCUUCCUCCCCAAAAAGGAUCAGGCCGCUUGGGUCAACUUCAAGAAGUAUGACGAGGGUUGCUACUCUCAGAGAUUGGGAUCUCCCGACAAGGGAGAGGUCCAAGUGAACUUCGACUACCCCAAUGCAUGGGAGCAGAUGAUUAGUCUCGGUACCUUCAAGGGCUGCUCGGCCCCCGGCACGGCUGGUCAAACGCUUGGACACGUCAUUGGUCUCAUCAACGAGCAGCAGCGUCCCGACCGCGAUCAGUUUAUCGAAGUCUUGGAGAACCGCAUCAAGAAGGAGUUCCUGGACCAGUUCACCAUCAACCCCGACGCCGACACGUCCGUCCCCUUUGACUACAACUCCAUCAUGCUGUACGGCCGCAAGGCGUUCGCCAAGCACAACGCCUGGACCUGGCUCGUGGGCGCGUGGAGCCUGAAGGACACCAUGAAGUCGGUGACGGAUAAGCGCAUCAACCCGUGGGACACGCCGACGGCCAACGACUACGCCGCCGUCAACGCCGGCUACGGCUGCGAGGAGUACUUCAGGCGCUCCAUCCCCGAGUGCCGCGCCGGCGCCAUCCCCGCCGACGGCGAGCACUCCUCCUACAGCUUCCUCCUCGACCACUGGACGGAGAAGUACAUGCGCGACAACGGCUACACCCACGUCGCCGCCCACCAGAACUGCCGCUCCAACACGCUCGGCCAGGACACGAACAACUGGGGCUUCACCCCGCUGAACGGCUCCGGCCCCAACGCUCAGUACAACGUCACCGUCGACCGCUGCAAGAAGGACUUUGACCGCCACGCCAGCCGCUACGAGGUCGCCCUGUGCAGAGGGCCCGACGAGGGCACCUGCGAGGUCAAGUGCGGCCUGCGCCGCGUGUGCCCCAUUGAUGCCAAUGGACAGCAGGUCGACAGCAAGGCCAUUAACAUCGUGGACGACGCCCUCUGGGUCUGCCACGGCCACUAA